CUGCCUUCCUUCCGCCCUCGAUUGCCUGGUGGCUGCCAUGGCUUCUGCCGUGGUGCGGCUGCUGCAGCAGGGCUCUCGCCGUCUGUUGGCUCCGGCCGCCCCCACACUGGUUUCCCCGGUUCGGGGAGUGAAGAAGGGGUUCCGUGCAGCCUUCCGCUUCCAGAAGGAGCUGGAGCGAUGGCGCCUGCUGCGCUGCCCGCCGCCGCCCGUACGACGUUCAGAGAAGCCAAACUGGGAUUACCAUGCGGAAAUACAAGCCUUUGGGGCUCGGUUACAAGAAACCUUUUCCUUGGACCUUCUCAAAACUGCCUUUGUCAACAGCUGCUAUAUUAAAAGUGAAGAAGCGAAACGUCAGAAACUUGGGAUAGAGAAAGAAGCCGCUCUUCUGAACCUUAGGGACAAUCAAGAGCUGUCUGAACAGGGGCUGUCUUUUUCACAUCAGUGCCUCGCACAGUUUCUUCAAGAUGAGUUCCCAGACUUACCCUCUGAAGGCGUUGAGAGUCUAGUUAGCUUUCUUACUAGUGAGGCCGUUGUUUGUCAUGUGGCUAGUAACCUGGCCGUGGAGCAGUUGACCCUCAGUGCGGAAUUCCCUGUCCCUCUGUCUGUAUUGCGCCGGACUUUCUUUGCGGUGAUUGGAGCCCUGUUACAGAGCAGCGGACCCGAAAGGGCCGCCCUUUUCGUCAGGGACUUUCUAAUUACACAAAUGACAGGGAAAGAGCUCUUUGAGAUGUGGACCGUCGUAAAUCCCAUGGGACUCCUCAUGGAGGAACUGAGGAAGAGAAACAUUUCUGCUCCCGAGUCUAGACUCACCAGGCAGUCUGGAAGCACAACCGCUUUGCCUUUGUAUUUUGUUGGCUUAUACUGUGAUAAAAAGCUGCUUGCAGAAGGACCUGGGGAAACUGUGCUGGUUGCAGAAGAGGAAGCCGCUCGAGUGGCGCUUAGGAAGCUGUAUGGAUUCACAGAGAACAGACGGCCCUGGGACUACUCCAAGCCCAAAGAGAGCUGGAAAGCAGAGAAAACCAGCGUUGCCAGCUAGGCAGCAAACAGGGUGACACCAUUAUGUUGUAGCAAAGCAGUGAGGCAGUGCCAACAGUGCUCCAGGGUUAACAGCUCAAAAUACAGGAAGGAACCUGUCCUGUCUCAUAUUUUUACUGUAUUCCUAAAAUUAAAUAAGUGUUGACGGAUAUUUGUUUCAUUUCGCUGUUUCUCUUCUAUAUUAGUUUAUUACUAUGUGUAUGAUUUGUACAGCUAGGUGUAUUUUCUUCCCUUCCAGCUUUGAAGGAUAGUCAAAUAGAUGUGGUUCAUUGUGAUGGGAAUAAAAAGAUAUUCUUUCAGAUACAUUUCCUUUUCAUAUUGAUGCAAGAAAAGGCUGAAGAAGCAGCAGUGGCUCUGAAUGUCACAAGUUUGAGGGGGAAACUGCAGUAUUGAGUUCCACUGUAGAGGCAAACGGGCGGGACCAGGUCUAACUGAAGGAAGAGGAGGGUCCUAAACAAGUAAUUGCAGGUGGUAGUUGAGACCACACCAUCUCAGGUACUGAGCUGAGCGAAAGCCCCAGGGACAGGUGGUCCUUGAUGCCUACAUUUGCUUGUCAGAUGCCAAGUCAGUGGGGGCAUUGCAGCGCUAAGUGUCCGCCUCUGGGAUCCAGGUGAGCUCUUUGGACCUGAAAUUAAUUUGGGCCAGUUUGAGCCCCAGAAGAGUAACAGAGAUCAGGGUUUUUGUUUACCCAGUUCCUUCCUUUCCUAGACAUCAUGACCUGACUCUCCACCAAAGGCUAUAAAUCCUGCUGCCUGGCCUUUUUCCUUGGUCUUGUGUAUUACAGUAGUUCAGGUUAUUGCUGGACUGGCUGUCUUCAGGUUCUUGGUGUUUUGGUCAAUAAUAAAGUAAAAGCCCAUACUGAUUGCAAAGUUGCAAGGAAAUCUUAUUUAAAGCAAUAGAAAAGCUCAAAAUAUCUCGCAGGGAGUAGCAUGCCGCGUGAGGGAAGGGUCUCAGUAGCCGUGAUUAUUGUCUGGAGUUUUCCCUUAUGGGGUCCUAUAGGAGGAGCUGAGUUCCUAAGGGACGUGUUUGGGUGUAUUUUAUGGAGAGGAGUGUGUGUGCAUAGCACAUGUAGGUAAAGGAGCUGGACUGCCAAGAACAUUUUGAAGAAAGGGAGUUGUUCAUAGCCUACUCAACUGAGGUCCCAGGUUGGCUGUAGCGCCUGUACUUACUAUGGGACAGUUGGCCAUUUGGGCAAGGGACUGGAGAUUAAGGAACAUGAGACAUGGGUCAUUCGUGAAGAGAAAAUGCAGAAUGCCAUUUAUUCAAGUAUAGAGAAAACCUUCUAUACCUCUCUUUUGUACAGUGGAAAUGCCCCAGGCAGGUGGGAAAUUACCAGGCUCAAGACGGAGCAAACAACUCCCCUAUAGCUAACCACCAGGGUGGGCAGAGGGUGCACAGGAACAAACAAAAUAUUUUGCCAGAAACUGCAAGCUAUCCUCAAUAUGAACCCUGGGAGGAGGGAUAGACCUGUGGGCCCUACAGUUGACUUUCUUGGCUCAAGCGUGUCCAGUACGUUCUUGGGUCUGUUUUCCCUGAUAUGAUUUCAAUAUGCCAGUUUGCCCUUAUUGUCUUAAUCCACCCCCAAUAAAUUAUACAACAGUGAA